AUGUCUACUUCUGACCGAUCCGGAUCUACGCAUUCGACCGACGAUCCGGAUGUGUCCGUGACGCCGCCCACGGGGGCUAUACCGACUGGUGUUGCUACUGAUGGGCGCACAUGGGUGCAUCUUCAUGGCAGGCCGAGUGGACCUAUUCGGGCUAGGGCUACUGAUAGCUUCCAAGGUAUGCCACAUGAAAGUGGCACGAAUUGGAAGAAUUUAACUGAAGAGAUGAAGGACGUGUACUUCGACGAAUUUGAGAAAGCAUUUUGUUGGCAACAAGAUAAAUAUACCAGACACCAAAUUAAGAAGGCGUGGAUCUCAGAGGCUCGAGUGGCAUAUAAGGAUUACAUUUCUGCAUGCAAGAAAACCCUCCUACUACACAAGAAGAAGAUUGAUUAUCUCAAUCCUAUUGUUGAGGCUGCUUGGAGGGCUUAUUGGGCAUUGCCUGAGACUCAGGCAAGGUCUGCACAGGCGUCUAGGAAUCGCCGAAAGGAGCCUUGCGGUGUUGGUACAGGGAUGGCUAUCCAUCAUGGGGGGUCGCGUAGCGCUCUGGAUCAUGCUGAGUAUCUGGCUCGGGAGAGCAAUAUCCCUCUUGACGCGGCGUCUUGGGCUACCUUUCGACGUAUCCAUUUUAAGAAUGGACAGUAUACCGCCGGACGACCUGCGCAGCACGGGUUGGAGGUCGAGAGGCGAGUGGCAGAGCUGCGUGAGAUACAGGGAGAGGUCACACCUGCCGACGUGGAUCGCAUCUUCCGAGAGGUAGUCACUCCUGAUCUGAAGGGGCGCAUCAUGGGAUUAGGUAUGAUGAUGUCGAAGGCGCUUACUUCAGGCGGCGGCGAGUCGAGCACCUCCACCAGCACCUCACACUUCGAUGCUCCUUCAAAGGCUGAGUUUACCACUUUGAGGGAGGAUCUUGACACCACAGCGAGGGCUCUGACCACAGCAGUGCAGGAGAUAGAAGCCAGGAGACAGAGAGAGGAGGAGCAGGCUAGGACUAUACAGGAGAUGCAGUCCCAGAUCGCGUUGCUCAUGCGAGGAUUUCGACCAUCCACCCCUUCUGAUGAGACUCACCCGGACCUUUGA